GGCUCGCGCCCUCACACUCACUCUCCCACUGCGGCACUACCAUAUCAUUGUCUCGGAAAGAUGCUAUAUUCGCCUCUUCAUGUGUUGCAGCUGUAAAUAUAUCCGUUCAAUGCAUCGCCGUCGUCCUUCAUUAUACUACGACUCCACCUGGAAUUAGCUCCUCUUAUCUCUCCACUUCCGCAAUCCUCCAUCCUCCUGCACGUCACGUCGGACGCUGCGCGAAACAAACGCUCCAGCAAGACGAUACGACUGCAUGGCCCAAACGUAUACACUCCCUCUUGGAGGCAAUGGACACGCCAAAAGCUCGUAUGAUAGCCACCUGCGUUCAAACAGUCGUUCACUCCGUGGCGACUGGUUACCUCCAGUGAACGUGGCCGUGGGAAGAAAACACCUGGACAGUGACAUUGCCCCCAACAACCACAAAUCUAGCCACUCCGGAACGCAUGGACGUAUUGCUCAAAAUAGUGAACACGUUCAUACUGGCCACAAAGCGCGUUACACACUUACGGACGGGUCAAGCAUCCCAGACUUCAUAAGGGGUCGCACAAGAGGAGAUUCAGACCUGGGGCGCGCCAACGGCCAUGCGACCAACGCGACGAAAGCUUAUGAGAGCGCUCCAAUUCAAGAAGAUAUGACAAGCACAGAUGCAUCGCUAAGUCUGAGAGAAGCCAUGACAGCAAUCCUCAUACCUCUUCCCUACCUCCUCGCUACCUUUGCAUAUCCUCUGUCCGCCACGCAUACGACAACCGCACAACCUUCACCAUUCGACCAGUUGAAGGAUGCCGUCUCUAGGGGGAAGGUCUCCGAAGAAGCCCUCUCACGGAUAUCUGAAGGAUCAGCAUUUAUACAGGCGUGUUGCCUUACCUCAGGCACUCUCCUUUUGAUAGGACUACUGGGAAGCAUAUACACGCCAAAACAGCGAUCAAGCCUCUCAAAAGCAAUCUUAGGUGGCGAAGGAGCCAGAACUCAGGCAGGGUCUUCCUCACGCUCCAAUACUGUGGCAAGAAUCAUAGAAAGAGCGCUAUCAGUUGGACUACCAUUCUAUGCGAGCAUGCACUUGGGUGGCUCUCGCACAGGACUGAUUCUUCUCACGACCAUUGCGUCAGGAUUGAAUGCAGCGACCCCUAUAUUCAGAGGUCAAGGACGAAGCUUCUUCGCCGCUUGGAAAAACAUGGCGUUGCAACGCAAGCUGACUUGUCUCGUCCUUUUCCUGAGUGUGGCAAUGGACUUUUCUGGGAUGUAUGGAGGCCACAGCAAUUGGUCAGUGAUUCGCGGUCAUCUGGCUCUCUCUCUUUCGAUAUUCUUCGUACCUUUGCCCUUAUCGGGGUCAGUGUCUCCUUUUCUAGGCGCUCAGACAUCUGAAAUGAGCAAUUCCGCACCUACCGCACCUUUGGCAGCACAUGCCUCGAUAUCUUCGGCGGAGGACACGAAGCUUACACUUGUAUCCGGGAUUCUCACCACGAUAUUCACGAUCUUGACAACGGUAAUUACUUCGACUUCACCAUCAGUUUCAAUCUCCUCGAUGAUAUUCUCCUCGCUUUCCAUAGGCUCAGCGCUAGGUCUAGUCGCUUUCGCUACGCCUGUUUCCUUGAAAACCCAGCAAAAGCUUGGCCUAGCCAUGGGCUAUGUCACCACGAUACUUCCCAGCUACUUCUCCAGUUUCGAUGCCUGGAGAGGCUUCGCGGUGAUGGGCCUUGUCUCUUGCGUCUCGUACGCCACUGUGCGUUACGAGACGGGUCAUAGAGGCGCAAAGGUCGCACACAAUCACAACCAUAAACACCAUAACCAUGACCAUCACGGUUCGUACUCAAGACUUACUGGACUCUUACUAAAGCAAUUCCCCCCUGGAUCCAUCAUGUACAGCAUUCUUUCUGAGAAGGAUUCUCGGCGAAUUGCCUACUUUGCGCUUCUAAAUUUGGGGUUCAUGCUUGUUCAAUUCUUCUAUGGCUUCGUGAGCGGCUCACUGGGUCUUUUGACCGACAGCAUACAUAUGCUCUUCGAUUGUUUGGGGCUAGCAGUCGGUCUGGCUGCGGCAGUCAUGAGCAAGUGGCCACCUGACAGCAAGUUUCCCUACGGCUAUGGCAAAGUCGACACUCUGUCGGGCUUUGCCAAUGGUAUUUUCCUCAUGCUUGUGAGUAUUGAGAUUGUGUUCGACGCAUCCGAAAGGCUUAUGGAGGGCCAUGAGCUGCAAAGACUGAACGAGCUGUUGAUCGUCAGUGUACUGGGAUUUCUGGUAAACAUUGUUGGUUUGACAGCAUUUGGACACGCGCAUCACGGUCACGACCACGGGCAUGAUCACUCUCAUGAUAACGAAAAUAUGCAAGGUAUCUUCUUGCACAUUAUGGCCGAUGCUCUGGGGUCCGUUGCAGUCAUCAUCUCGACCUUGCUAGCAAAGUACUACGGCUGGUCAGGGUGGGAUCCUAUCGCCUCCUGCAUCAUUGCAAUUCUGAUUUUCGGCUCGGCUGUUCCUCUGGUGAAGAGCUCUGGGAUGCGUCUGUUACUGUCACUCCCUGCCGACGUGGAAUACGGCAUACGCAACGCGCUACAAGAGAUAAACACACUGAGAGGCGUCAUCGGAUACAGUGUACCUCGUUUCUGGCUUGAAGAUUCGGGGCCAGCACAUAGUCACUCUCACGAUCAUCAUCACGGCCAUAAGCAUGACGAGCACUCGCAUGAAUGCAACGGGCACUCGCAUGAACAUAGCCAUGGCGAUCAUGAGCAUCACCAUCAUUCCCACUCGCACAGCCACAGCCACAGCCACAGCCACAGCCACAGCCACGAACCUUCUCCCACUCAUCCGCAGCCUCACGCGCAUUCGCACUCGCACAACCACAGCCACGCUCACGAAAAUACACUCUCUCAUUCCCAUGAUCAUCAUGCCCAUUCCCACGAAGGGCAUGGACACGGACAUGAGCACUCGCACGAUCAUGGCCACGGUCCAGCGAAGGUUCAAGGCAUCAUCCACAUUAUCGCCGCGCGCAACGCAGAUCUCGAAGACGUUCGACAACGCACGGGAGAAUUCUUAAAAGAGCGACACCUGAACGUCGUCGUACACGUCGAGAGAGACGGGGACCGUUGUUGGUGUGGAGGCGGAGCAUCGAAGAUGAGUUGAGGGAUACGUGGUAGUGAAGGCAGGGCGGAGUUUUGAUCAACACACUUUUGACUGGGCAUCAACAUCGGCGUUAUGGACGGAUUUUCAUCAAAUUUUGGAGUCACUUUUAAAUUCGAAUAUUUUUGGGCACGAAUGCAUCAGAGGAUAGCACAGUAUAUCGGGAGACGCGGACAAGGAAAGGACAUUGUACAGAGUGGAUAAAUAAGGAGAUGUAGGAGUAGGUAUGUACAGGCGACACACACGCAGACAUCUUUGUGCAUAUCUAUUCGAUGGCCCACUACGUAGAUAUAUACUCUAGAAAGCUAAAGACGAACAUUACAUAGCGCAAGUGAAAGAAACAAAGGAUCAGU